AUGAAGUUCACCACCGCAACCGCCGUGCUCGCCUUCCUCGCGACGGCCCAAGCAGCUCAGCACGGCCACCACCAUGACCGCCGCCACCCGCAUUCCGCCGCGGAUGUCGGAGUCGAAACUGAAGCGCCGUUGAAGAAACGCGGAGGACAGUGCGAGUUCCCCUCCGAUGCUGGUCUGGUUUCCGUCACGCCCAAGAUGAAGAACGGCGGAUGGGCCAUGAGCCCCGAUCAGCCCUGCAAGCCCGGCAAUUACUGUCCCUACGCGUGCCCCCCGGGACAGGUGUCUAUGCAGUGGGAUCCUGAGGCGACCUCGUAUAGCUACCCCCUGUCGAUGAAUGGUGGACUGUACUGUGACGAGGACGGCCAGAUCCAGAAGCCGUUCCCCAACAAGCCCUACUGCAAGGACGGCACGGGGUCCGUGGGCGUGCACAACAAAUGCAAGGGCGGAGACGUCUCCGUCUGUCAGACCGUUUUGCCCGGUAAUGAGGCCAUGCUGAUCCCCACGCUGGUGCAGGAGUUGGCGACCCUUGCGGUGCCGGACUCCUCUUACUGGUGUGAGACCGCUGCACACUUCUAUAUCAACCCGCCUGGAUACGGCCCCGAGACCGCCUGCGUCUGGGGUACCUCGUCCAACCCGUACGGAAACUGGUCGCCCUACGUGGCCGGUGCGAACACCGACUCCGACGGCAGCACUUUCCUGAAGAUCGGUUGGAACCCGAUCUAUCUGGAGCCGACGACCCCGUUCCGCAACGAGGUGCCCGAGUUCGGUGUCGAGAUCGAGUGCGAAGGAGACGGGUGCAACGGUCUGCCCUGCCGGAUCGAUCCCGCCGUGAACAGCGUCAACGAGAUGACCGGCAGCUCGGAGGAUGGUGCCGGAGGCGCUGCGUUCUGCGUGGUGACCGUGAACAAGGGCGAGAAGGCUCAUAUCGUCGUGUUCGACAAGGGCGGGAGCAGCAGCGGUGGCGAUGACGAAUCGUCCUCGUCCUCGUCGUCUGUCUCUUCCACGCCGGCGUCCACAAGCACGGUCGAGAGCACUACCAGCAUCAGCACCAGUUCCAUUGUCAGCACUACUUCCAGCAGCACCAGCACUAUAAUCAGCACCACCUCCACGACUAGCAGCACCUACAUCCCCCCGACCACCACUUCCACUACCCCGACCCCGACGUCGACUUCAACUUCGUCUUCGACCUCGACCUCGACUUCCAGCACGCCCCCACCUACCUCAACUUCAACCUUCCUUCCCACCUCCACUCCCCCGCCAACCUUCACCCCGUCUUCGUCCAGCCGCACCCCCAGCUCCGGCUUCGUGUCCACCCACAGCCCCUCCGGAUGGGCAGGCUACACCGUCAAGCCCGCCGUGUUGGUUGAGACGCAAGCCACCGCAUACGCCGACUCCACGGAGCAGCCCACCACGACGCCCGUGCCGACGAACUCGGACUCGGAAAGUAGCGCAUCUGGCCUGAAGCUGGACAUGUCGAAGCUGGGGCUGAUCGUUGCGGUGGGAGCAGCAAUGUUGCUGUAG